UCGGGGGGGGGAGGAGGAGCAGGAAGUGGCGGUGCGAGGGCUGCUGCACAGCUAGCAGAGCCGCGGUCCGGACGGCAGCGCGUGCCCCGAGCUCUCCGCCUCCCCCCACCCGCAAGCCCAAGGCAGCUCGAGCCCAGCCCGCGGUCCCAGAAGCAGCGCCGAGAGCAGCCCCAGUAGCAGCGUCAUGGCCGGGUGGAACGCCUAUAUCGACAACCUCAUGGCGGACGGGACCUGUCAGGACGCGGCCAUCGUGGGCUAUAAGGACUCGCCCUCUGUGUGGGCCGCCGUCCCCGGGAAAACCUUCGUCAACAUCACGCCAGCUGAGGUUGGUGUCCUGGUUGGCAAAGACCGGUCAAGUUUUUUCGUGAAUGGGCUGACACUUGGGGGCCAGAAAUGUUCUGUGAUCCGGGACUCACUGCUGCAGGACGGGGAAUUUACCAUGGAUCUUCGUACCAAGAGCACUGGCGGAGCCCCCACCUUCAACAUUACUGUCACCAUGACUGCCAAGACGCUAGUCCUGCUGAUGGGCAAAGAAGGUGUCCACGGUGGUAUGAUCAACAAGAAAUGUUAUGAAAUGGCCUCCCACCUGCGACGUGCCCAGUACUGACCUUGUCUCCCUUCCCAUCACUCCCCACUGCUUUUGCACCCUUCUCCCUCCCAUACACACAUACACCAUUUUUAUUUUGGGGCCAUUACCCCACACCCCUUAUUGCUGCCAAAACCACAUGGGCUAGGGGCUGGGGCUGGAUGGACAGACACCUACCCCUACCUGUACCCUUCCUGUGUGUGGUUGGAAACUUUUUUUUGUUUUUUGGGUUUUUUUUUUUUCUGAAUAAAAAAAGAUUCUAACAAGUUGCUGUGUGGUUUU